CCCCUGUGUAGUGAGCAGAGAAUUGCAGCAAUGAGCCAGAAAAGUGGAGGAGGGACAAGUUCCCCCCCAACAACCCACGCUUCAGUACCUAGGUUUAAGGUGAGUUUGAGUAAACCAGGAGUCUGUUGCCUUUGGACAUCAGUACCCAACUGCAGCCAUGAGGCAGGACAUGCUGGCUGUAGCUGAAGGAAGGACUCAGAGUAGACUUGAGACAUGGACCAUAUCAUUAUGAAUAUUGAAGUCUCACUAAUGAUGAGUUUCAUUGUAUGUUUUUUAAUUGAUUCUUAUAACUUCAUGCAAAAAUUCCUUUCAUCUUUUGAAAAUAACUUGCUAUGGUCAGCAUUUUAUUACUCAUUCGUUGUCUUAUUUUUAUUCCAGGAAUUUCCCUCUGAAGCAGGGAGUGUCUGCAUAUAAAAUGGUCUGCAGUUCUCUGCUUCAUAGGUCAGAAGCUGGUUUAUUUUGUUUCUGUGGCUAUGCUCAGUCCCAACAAAAAGAAAAAACUCAAUCUGACAAAAGAACCCAUUAUUUGUAAUGCAUCAUUUGACUCCAUAUUUCUAAUCUGGCCUGAGCAGUUUGUAGACACAUGAACUCGUAUGGAAAAUAAUGAUCUAUAUAAGAACCUACUGUAGUAAUACUAAGUGCAGAGGUAAUUAUUAGGUUAGAUCUAAAGAUCCAUACAGGCCAUAUGCUCUACUGUUAAAAGCAGAAGAGUAUAAUGAAAGCUGUUCAUUGGCACAAGCUAUGUAAAGACAAUGUGAUAUCUCCUUGUUUUUAUGUGUGCCAGUUUUAGAAUUAGAAACGGCAAAAUGAGCUUGAUAUAUGGCAUUUAUUUACGUUGCAUUUCAGGGAAAAUUGCUUCAGAAUAUUACCUAACAAGCUUGAUUUCUUUUUCUUUUUACAACUUUUUUAAUAGUUUAUGGUCAUUUCAUAUCCACACACACUAUGAUGCAUUAAUAAAAACUGGAAAUAAAGAAAAAUUGUAAUUGGAUAUCCAAACCACAAAGUAAGCAGUUGUACGGAAAUUUCACUGCUUAGCUGGGACUGCUAGCCAGAAUAGGUGAGAUACAUUUAUUCACUGUCUAAUUGUGCACACUGCAGAUGCCUCCUCCAUCGCCUCUGCUAUGACCAAGGGAACUGCCAGCAGUGCUUUUUCCACCUCUUCCAGCUUCACUGUGCGCUCCUUGGGCACAGAGCAGGAUGCCGGCAAUCCAGCAGAUGCAAGUAACCGUAGGAAGACAGAUAUGCUCUGCACAGAAGCCAAACUAACCCGGGGUUGCGGAGAGAAAAGCGGAGGAGGCUCUCAGCAUCAGCACCACCAUCAGAUGACACCUCCCAAGCGACCCGUACUGAACAUCUCGCCUCCGCCAGAGGACCUGUUUGACAACAGCCACAUGUCGGGAUGCCCCGACGAAGCGCUUCAGGAUUCGGAGCAGAGCAACAGCAUUUGGAUGGAAAACUCACUCUCCAACUUCAGCAUGAUGAGCUCCAGUUCUUAUAAUGACAACACAGAGGUUCCACGCAAGGCCCGGAAACGCACACCACGUCAGAAGCCAGGGCCGAAGCCAGUGUCUGCUGGGGAGGCCACCAUGGAUGUGUUUGACGCAGAUAGCGCCAAAGGUCCACACUUCGUGCUUUCCAAAUUUAGCUCAGAAAACAAGGCCAGUGGCAAAGCAAGUCCCGACAGAAAUCAGGCAGCCAUACAGAAAGGUGGGAUAUUGUGUGGCCAGUACCCGCAGAAAAGCGAAGGAAAGGAGCUGAAGAUCCUCGUCCAGCCUGAGAGUCAGCACAGAGCCCGAUACUUGACAGAGGGCAGCCGGGGGUCUGUAAAAGACCGCACCCAGCAAGGAUUCCCUACAGUCAAGGUCGAUGGUGUGAAGGAGCCCGUCGUCCUGCAGGUGUUUGUAAGUAAUGACGCAGGUCGUGUGAAACCUCAUGGAUUCUACCAGGCCUGUCGAGUCACUGGUCGAAACACCACUGCCUGUAGAGAAGUGGACAUUGAGGGCACCACGGUUAUCGAAGUACCUCUAGAUCCCAGUAAUAAUAUGACUCUUGCUGUGGACUGUGUGGGCAUCCUGAAACUGAGGAAUGCAGAUGUGGAGGCUCGUAUCGGGGUAGCCGGAUCCAAGAAAAAAAGCACCCGUGCCAGACUGGUGUUCCGGGUAAACAUCCCUCGAACCGACGGCUCUGUGCUUACUCUACAGGCACCGUCCUCUCCUAUACUGUGCACUCAACCUGCAGGAAUCCCUGAGAUCCUGAAAAAGAGCCUGCACAGCUGCUCAGUACGAGGAGGUGAUGAGGUCUUUAUCAUCGGAAAGAACUUUCUCAAGGGAACCAAAGUGAUCUUUCAAGAGAACGUCUCGGACGAUAAGUCCUGGAGGGCAGAAGCUGAGAUCGACAUGGAGCUUUUCCACCAGAAUCAUCUUAUUGUCAAAGUUCCUCCAUAUCAAAAUCUUGCCAUUACCUCUCCUGUGUCUGUUGGGAUCUAUGUGGUGACUAAUGCUGGACGUUGCCACGAUGUACAAUCAUUUACCUACACUCCAGAGUCAGUUAUGGAUGUAUCUGUGAAGAAAGAGACUGGGCCUCCAGGCAAACCUUGUCCUUUGGAACAAAUAAAGGUGAUGGAAAAUGGCUUGCUUGUCCCAAUCUUGCCCCUCGUCAAAACAGAAGAGGUGACUCCAAUGGAGGUCUCCAGUAACUCUGCAUCUUUCAAGACCUCUGAUCUGAUGAAAUCUGCCCAACAGACCCUAGAAAUGACCAAAAUUUCCACCAACUCUGUAGCUUGUCAACCUGAAGAACCAGAGCAGCCUCAAAGUUCUGUUUUCUCCAACAAGGAAACAAUGAACAGCAUCCAAAAACAUGACACCACCCCAAACAGCAACUUCUGCGUGUCUGGUAAAUCUCUGCUCCAGCAAGGGGCCCAGCAGUUUCUCUUGGACGGUGACAGUCUAGCCCAGGAAAGGUCAGGAACCACAGCUAGUUCAAUGGUUGGUAUUACCCAGAUGGACGACAGUCCGCAGCAUCAACUCUCUCUCCUGCCUCCGGAUGAGGUCGCACAGCUUGAGCAGGCGGUGCGCCAGCUGCAAGCCAAAGGGUUCUGUAACAUUCAGCUUCAUUCAGAAGAUUCACUAGCCAAGAAGCAGCACCAGCUUCAACAGAAGCAAAUCCAGCAACAGCAAUUGCACCAGCAGCAGAUACAACAGCAGCAGCAAGUCCUCGAGAACCUGCAACAUCAUCUUUUCCAUCCCCAGGUUCCAAUGCAGUGCAGUCGAGAGCAGCAGGGCUCUUCGCAGAGCAUGGUGGAAAAUACAAACACUCUCUUCCAGCAACCGUCUCCACAGCAGCAACAGCAACAAGCUGUCAUGUAUCACCAAGCAAAAGAUCUCAUUUCUAUUCAGUCUGGAUUUCUUCAGCAAGCAACUUCUCAUUCUACUUCUUCUUUGUUUCACGCCACCAACACCUUGGCUGAGGCGCAGUCUCCUCAAGAUGCUCUUUUUCACACACAGAAGACUUCACCCACUCAAGAACAAGUGCAAGCCUCACUCUUCCAGAAUACCAUGAACGUUCUUGAUGGGUCUAACUUAACCGCAGAAGCUCAACACUCUGCGACUAAUAUGUUUCUCUCCCAGAAUGCCUUACCUGGUCAACUUACAGGAAAUAACAACCAAUCCCAGCAACUAGCUUUCCUGAACUCCAUGCAAACGUCUGGCCUUGAGGCACAAUCUGUGUUCCAAGCCACAAACCAGCUGUCCUCUAUUCAACAGAGCACACCCAUGGAACAGCAAUCCACACAAUCUGCCUCACAAGCCCCUCCAGGAUCUCUGUUUCAGAGCAUCCAACAAGCACCAAACAACAAGCACCAGGCCGGGUUGCUCUAUAAUUCCCUGAGUUCAGGAAUGUCUUCAGAGCAGCCACCAUCUAGCAUCCUGUUCACCAGUCAGCCUCAGAUGCCUUCAAUGAAUACCCCAAGCCUGAUUUCUUCAGAGCAGCCGAACCCAGUUUUGUCAUACCCCCAAAACAGCUUGAUUGCCGUCAGGCAGGAAGUGCCAUCCGAGCCCAUGUCCUUUCAAGAUCAGAGCACUGUUGUGGAUAAUCAGUCUGCAAGUAAGCAGCAGCUGUUCCAGGAUCAACAGCCAAUGCAGCUUGCACCGAGUUCAGGCACUGGCUCUCAGCCUUCUGUGAAUCUCUUUAUAGCUCAGUCUGACAUGCCAAGAAUGCCUUGUGCGUCACAGCAUGCCGCACAGGAGGUGCUUUUUGCCGCACAGAAUAGUGUGGCUGGACUUCAGACCACUGCCUCGUCACCCGUGCAGCAACCUGGGUCCCUGUUUCAGACCACAGUGAAUGGAAGCCUUAGCCAGCCCAACCAGACCCAGCGACCUAACCUCUUCCUUUAUGAAAUACAGAAUGAGUGCGGUCAGAUGAUGAACUCCCAAGGUAGCACACUUUCAAACCAGAUUAUUUCCAUCAGCCAGAACCAGAGAGAGAACGAAGGACAGAUUCAUUCCUUACUCAACUCAUCCAUGAACGAAUCCAGAAAUGUACAGAACCCCCUUACCACCUCGCAAAACAUGGAGAAGAUCGAUGACCUCCUUGUGAGCCUUCAGGAGCAAAGCAACAGCCUCUCUCACUCAUACUAGGACCUUACAGAUUUUACAGGCUUUCAAAAAACAGUGGAGGGAUCAUGUUAACUGUGAGGUCUGCUGUGUGAAUGUACAGUUUUGUUAUUAGCAAGGUGAAGCGUGAAUGUCACAAAGCUUGAAGUGUUUGUGUUUAGUUGUAAAUAAAGCAUAUCUUAUAAUAGCACUUUUUAAAUUUGUUUUUAACUUAGUUGCAUCUGCAAAUAAUCAGAUAAUGAAAAAAAAUAGUAGAAAAAGUUUAAACAGUUUGUACGUUUUGCCCCUGUAGCACUAUUUUAACUAAAUUUGUGUGUCUUUUUUGUGUGUGUUUUAUUCUGGAUUUGUUUAAAUGUCUACUCUUGUCAUACGUGCAAACACAUCUGAAAACAAUGCAUCUGUUUGUUCUAGUUCUCGCUGUGAAAGAACUAUAUACUUUAUAAAUUCUAAAAUAUUUACAUCUUUUACUAAGUCAUGCUGGAUUUGCUUGUUUAUUAGCGUCUGGAACGCUGAUAUUAAGCAUGAAAACCUUAUCGCCCUGUUCAUUACUGACAAGAUUUUAAGGCGUCCUUUUCAUUUUUAUUUUCAUUUUAUUGCAAGUUCUUGCCAGAAUCUAGAAGGACACAACGGUUAAUAUAUAUUUAACCUUGUUAUCCUUGUAAAUACAACUUUUACAGAUUAUUAUUAUACAGGGUAGCAGAGGAACAGUUAAGGCCUCGACAGCAGGUCUCAGGUCAAGUCAGCACCCUUUACACUAUAAAAUAAUCUGGCCAGUUUUAUGGCUCAGAGAGUUGAUGUGAGGCUGCUCUGUCAAAAAUGAAAGAAGAAUAUUGUGCAAGUUUACUGCCAAGCUUGUUCUAAAGCUGCCAUUUUUUAUUCAACAGAGAUAUCUGGUUAGUCAGUUAGAAGGCAGAAUAUGUGUUUUUUUUUUUCUUUUUUAUGGAUAUAUUUGUAUACAUUACAAGAGCCCUGCUCUGUGUAAUAUUAAUAGCUCAUUUGAGCUUUUACUGAGAUAACUACCAUCAGAUUGCUCCUUUUUAAAUCUUCUACCGUCAGAUUGCACUUUUUAUUGUUAGUGUUGAAUAGUUAAUAUUCGGGCCUCUGUUUAGGUAAAGGGGUGAUCUUUUAGAUCUUUAAAGGCGCCCUGCAUUGGGGAACCGCUGUGAACUUAACCUAGAGAAAGAGCUGUCUGUGAUUUGCCUUCAUCUCUGUACAGGUCAGAUUUACAAUUCACUGUAUGCCUCUGUCAUCUAAUAUCUAUGUGGAGGUAUAAACAUAUUUUGAAAACUUUUAUCAUGUAUAAUUUUACAUCAUAUUUCCAAAAACAUUUUCAUAUUCUAAAACUAUUUAAAAAUAUGGAUAUGACUAUCGAAAGUAAGGAUUGUUUUUUUCCAGCCAUGUGCUAAUUUUGAUAUUUUUUUUUCCUUUUUUAAAGAUUUUGAAUGAACAGUUGUUAAAAAGAUGUAACUGCUGUAUUGAAGUACAAAAAUAAAUGGAUAUAAAGAGAGUCUUUUAGUAAACCAAGAAAAUGUAACAAACUGUAACGUUUAUGACCUCAUCCAACUUUGGACCAAUCACAUAUUUUACCUUGUUAAUUUCAUAUAAAUAAAUGGACACACAUACACAUACACACCUACACACAUAUAAAGAUUUACACACAACGAUCAGCCAUAACAUUAACGCACAUAACAUUAAUGCUAGCCUUUCUGGCCAUUGCACCAUACCCUGCUGUGCAUGGCCAAAUGCCUCCAAAAAUCCCAGAUCCCAAACUCACACCCAAACAAUUCCCGAACCACUCUGGCCCCAGUGUCUUGGUUCCAGACACCACAGCACACCACUGGAGGUCUUAUGGAGUCCUGACCUAAGGGGCCAGAGGUGCCCAGGAGCACAAGGGGAAAUUGCACAACAGUGAGCAUAAUGUUUUGUGUUGUAAUGUUAUGGCUGAGCCUCGCACCUCCACGGUCGAGAGUCAAGUCCUGCAUAUGGGUCUGCAUGCAUGGAGAUUACAUGUUCUUGGUGGGUUUCCUCUAGGUGCCUUAGUUUCCUCCUAGAGCCCAAAGACAUACAGUUUAGGCUAAUUGGCGUUCCAAAUCACCUGUAAUGUGUAAGUGAGUGCAUGAGUGUGUACAUGCUUGUGCCCUGUGAUAGACAGGCACCCUGUCCAUUGUGUAUCCUACUUUGUACCCCAGGCCCCCCUGGGAUAGGCUCCAGGCCUCCUACUAGGAUAAGCAGUAUAGAGAUUGUGUGUAUCUGUGUGUUAUGGCUGAUCGGUGUAUGAUUAUGUAUGAUACUGUAUAGAUAACUAUGUACUGACUAUCUAUUUUUUUAAUCAGGAUAUCUUCAGUCCACAUUUCACUUCAAGCAGCUAUGCAGUUCAACAGUACUCACUGUAUUUAUUUUUAAAUGAUUUAUUCUUCAUGUCUCUAGUUUUCUUUUUAACACUUGGGAACCUACAACAUUAUAAAUGUACUUUUUCGUUUUUGUUUCAUUAUUCUUUACUUUCCGACACUUGUUGUGAUAUCAUGGUUGUAAAUUUCUACUUAAGAGGAGAUAACUCAGAAAUAACACUCAGUUCUCAAAAGCCUGGUUUCCACAGCACCACUGCAACCUGUAGGAUAUGAAACAAGGAACGGUUUGUUUGAAAUAACCUACAUGAGAUAUGUACUAAGAGACAGCCCAGUGUGUGUUGGGGUAAAUCUGGUAA